CUUCUCCUGCAGCUCAACAACGCAUCCCACGUCUCGGACUUGUGUUCUACUUCACCGACUUCCAUCCCCUCCAUCUUCUUCAAACACCUUCUCAAUUGAGCCUUUGUCCUGAUCUUUGACGUGUUCAGUUCUUCUCUUCGUCACUUUCACUCCGCCUCAACACCGUCAAUAUGAAAGUUGCUGUGCUCGGUGCGUCUGGAGGAAUCGGACAGCCUCUGUCCCUCCUCUGCAAAGCUUCCCCUCUCAUCGACGAGCUCUCCCUAUACGAUGUGGUCAACACUCCCGGUGUUGCCACUGACCUCUCCCACAUCUCCACCCCAGCGAUCGUGAAGGGAUACCUGCCCGCAGGCGACGGAAUGAAGGACGCGUUCACCGGAGUGGAUGUAUUCAUCAUCCCCGCUGGCAUUCCCCGGAAGCCUGGCAUGACCCGCGAUGACCUCUUCAAGAUCAAUGCUGGCAUUGUCCGCGAUCUGGUCAAGGGUGUGGCCGAGUACGCCCCCAAGGCCUACGUUCUCGUCAUCUCCAACCCGGUCAACUCGACUGUCCCCAUCGCUGCUGAGGUGCUCAAGGGCGCUGGCGUCUUUGACCCCAAGAAGCUCUUCGGUGUGACCACUCUCGACAUCGUUCGCGCCGAGACUUUCGUGGCCUCUCUUAGUGGUGAGAAGGACCCGUCGAAAGCCACUAUUCCAGUCAUUGGUGGUCACUCUGGCGAGACCAUUGUCCCUCUGUUCAGCCAGGCUAGCCCCAAGGUCGACAUCCCAGCUGACAAGCUCGAUGCUUUGGUCAACCGUGUUCAGUUCGGCGGUGACGAGGUCGUCAAGGCCAAGGACGGUGCAGGCUCAGCCACUCUAUCCAUGGCCUACGCUGGUUUCCGCUUCGCCGAGAAGAUCAUCAAGGCCGCCAAGGGCGAGAAGGGCAUCGUAGAGCCUACCUUUGUCUACCUACCGGGCGUCCCUGGUGGUGAGGCUAUUCAGAAGGAGACUAGCCUCGAGUUUUUCUCCGUUCCCGUCGAGCUUGGCACAUCCGGUGCUGAGAAGGCCAUCAACGUGGUCAGCAGUGCCAACGAGUACGAGAAGAAGCUUCUCCAGGCUGCCUACACUGGCCUCAAGGGCAACAUCGAGAAGGGUAUUGAAUUCAUCAAGAACCCACCCACCAAAUAGACUCUGAGAGCGCAUAACGCGUUUUUGGACAGAAUUCGUGAUGGCCUCGAAUAUGAUGAAUGAGAAAAAUGGAGCAGAAUUUAGAUUAUCAGUGGCUGGCCGUUUGAUGAACGAUGG